UCCAGCUGCAGGCUGAUGGAUACAUUGAUGCUCCAGACUUAAAUUAAGAUCCACUGUGUCCCCCGCACCUUCUCGCCCAACGCCGGAGUCCAAUAAUGAGGCCCAACAUUCAAGACUCCAAACACCGAUCCUCUCACACCACAGAGCAAGAAUUUGGGGGAACACUAGGUGCCAUAUGUAUCCCCAUCUUUCUUCCGUUGACUGUGCUGUUACUGAUAACUCUGUGCCAGUCCCCCGAUGCCUCUGUCCUCCAGUGGCCCCCUCUUCUUCCCUCCAGUGAGCGGCUGUGGGACCCUCUGGCCCCCAUGCUUGUGCUGGGAUGGAUGGCUCUGCAUGCUGUCCUUUAUUUGUUGCCAUUCGGAAAGGUGUCUGAAGGACUGGUGCUGAGGGAUGGAACUCGCCUCAAGUAUCCCAUUAAUGGUUUCUAUGGCCUGUGCAUCACCGGUGUGUUGCUCAUGUUGUUUGUGUGGCUCGGAGCUCCUCUCGGGUUUCUGUUUGAGCUGCUGUUGCCUCUGGCAAUGUGCGCAACAGCGCUGUCAUUCCUCCUCGCCGUCUACCUCUAUGUCCGCUCCUUCUGGGCUCCUCCCCAUGCGCUCGCUUUGGGAGGCAACACAGGAAAUCCAUUGUAUGACUUCUACAUUGGACGGGAGUUAAAUCCUCGGAUUGGAAACUUUGACCUGAAAUAUUUCUGCGAGCUCAGACCAGGACUGAUUGGUUGGGUGGUCAUCAACCUUGGCAUGCUGAUGAAAGAGGUGGAGCUUCGAGGUUCACCCUCCCUCGCCAUGAUAAUGGUCAACAGCUUCCAGCUGCUGUAUGUUACAGACGCUCUGUGGAACGAGGAGGCUGUUCUGACAACCAUGGACAUCGUGCAUGAUGGUUUUGGCUUCAUGUUGACCUUUGGAGACCUGGGCUGGGUUCCUUUCACAUACGGCCUGCAGGCAAUAUUUCUGGUCAUGCACCCACAGCAUAUAAGUCCACUCAAAGCAGCAGCUAUAAUUACACUGAAUGGUGUUGGUUACUACAUUUUUAGAAAAUCCAACUCACAGAAGAACCAGUUCAGAAGAGACCCCACACAUCCAAGUGUUGCAAGACUGGAGACCAUCGCUACAUCAACAGGGAAACGGCUGCUAGUAUCGGGCUGGUGGGGUUUUGUUCGUCAUCCCAAUUACCUCGGUGACAUGGCCAUGGCCCUGGCAUGGUCUCUGCCAUGUGGAUUCUCACAUCUGCUGCCUUACUUCUAUGUAAUUUAUUUCACCAUAUUGCUGAUCCACCGAGAGGCCCGUGAUGAGAGACAGUGCAGAGGAAAAUAUGGACUAGCAUGGGACACCUACUGUCGACGUGUCCCAUACAGGAUCUUCCCCUAUAUAUACUGAAGGACAGCAGCUGAGAGGAACAAGACCAAAUCUGUCACAGAAAACCUGUGAUCCUGCAAAAACCCAGCAAUACAUAUUUACAUCGACCACAGAUAAUAACCAGUGCUGCUCCUACUGAAAAGUAGGUCUUGUAAAAUUUAAAAUUUGUGCUGUCUGUGGGGAUAGAAGAAAAAACAGAUUUCAUCUUAAAAGAUACAGAUUCAAAUUUGUAAACUGCUCCGCACUAAGGUUUUUCAGCUUGCUGGGACAUGAGAACCGCUGGUCUACUGCUGCUGGUAAGUUUGUCUCACUGAGGUAAAACUGAACAAAGCAUUUAAAAGACCAAAGUUAUAAAAUAACACAUUUGAACUUCCUCAAGGAUCAACAACUCCUGUGUGCUGUGACAUUAAAUCACUGAUUUUCUCUAUGGACUUUGGUGCAGGGAAUGAGCAACAAAGCAACACAAACUUCAGGUUUAAGUACGAAUAGGCUGCCUAAUGGCAAGAAAGGUUUAUAUUCUUUAGGUAUAGACACAAACAUACAUAGAUUUUGCAGAGUGAGCCUUAAUAGGCAUGCACCUCACAGUCAAUGCUGACUAUGCGUCAGUACCUCACUCAACCACACCUCAAAAAACCUGAAUCAUCCCUUUAAUGCAGGAACAUGUAAUGAACUAAAAUGGUAAAUUGCAGUGCCUUUCUUAAUCCUAAAGGUAUGUCACAUAAUUUUUUACUGUGUGUUUUGUUACCUGUGAAAUACAUGUGUAUGAAAUAAACUAUUUCAAAACAG